AUGGGCGCCCGUCGAUGGGCCCCCGUCGGCGGCGAGGACGAUGGGUUGACGUCGAGCGAUGAUGACGAGACGUGUGAUUCCGUACGAGUGGAUGACCUCCUCGUGUCGUCGUCGAGCGAUGCCGAGGACGAUGGCGCGAACGCGGAGGGAGAGAUACCGUCCGUGCGCGCGGUCGAGCGACUCGAGGUGGGCGAAGAGACGAUGGUGAAGGAUGAGGAUGUGCGCGCGGCGGUGCGGCGGGCGGCGCGGAGACGCGCGCGCGGAGACGCGAGAGAGCGCGAUUCGAGCGAUGCAGAGGGCGAAGGAGAGGGGUCGGAGAGCGAGGAUGGGUUAGUCGUGGCGUUGGCGCGAGAGGCGAGGGCGUUUGAGGGGAUCCAUGGGGCGCGGUCGACGUCCGCGACGGAUGCUCGAGAGGAAGCGAGACGCGCGCUGGAGACGCUUCGGCUUCGCGCGCGGUCGGGUAAACGGAGGUCUGCUGGGAACGCGAAGGGAUCGGUGGGGUGCGUGGUGGAUCUUUCGAACGUUCGGCGCGUGACGGAUGCGAUGAUGGACACGGUGGAUGCGGGACGGGCGAUGUGCUGCGCGUCGGGAGCGGGCGGGCGCGUCGCGGUGGGCACCGAGGGUGGUUUCAUUUUUCUUGAGCGCGGCGCCAGCGGUGAGACGACGAUGUCGAUCCUGAGAUCGGCGAAUAAUUUCGCGGGAAUCUCCGCCACGCCUGGGGUCACGAGCCUGUGCUUCGAUGAGCGCGGCGAUUGGUUACUGGCCGGUCACGACGACGGUGGACUCACACUGUGGGACGUGAAACGGAAUCCAACAAUCUUGAAAACGGUCGUCGGCGUUCAUCGCACGCCUAUCGUGGCGCUCGUGAUGCUGGCGAAGGCGAACUCUAGCGGUGCGGUCGACGUCGUGUCGUCUGAAGAAGGCGGUCUCGUCAUUCAUCACACAUUUUCUCCGCUCGGCAUGGGCGUGAUUCGAGUCAAGUCGAGCUCUCUCGGUGAGCGCACUUUUGUGAUCGCCGCACAAGCGCUUCCUAGCGCGGCGACGGUGGAUGUCAAUGAUUUGAAGGAGCAUGAGAAUGGCGUCGUGAGUUCUUAUUUUGGUGAGACCUCGAGCGCGACGAAGGGCGUCGCAGACUCUGCAGGUAUCGUCGCGCUGAACACGAUGAACGCAGUGCUCGUCAUGCGAUUGAAUCCCAAGGCUGAAGUCAUUGCUAAGAUCGUUCGGCCACCGAACAUGGCAUCCAGUGUACUUCCCAUCAUGCACUGGAGUCCGAGAUGGGCCGAAGACAUCAUCAUGCGCGAAGGUGUGGAGGUGUGUAAUCUCAUUGUCGUUUGGGGCGCAAGCGUGUAUGUACUUGCCGUCGAUGUUGAAUCGGUAAAACCAGCACCUGACAAGGGAGAAGAGCGUUCGAAGCGCGCGUCAAAUACUUCGAGAAUCAUACAUUCCUGGAAGAUGGAUUCAGAAGCCUCGACGACGGCGCUUGCGGCGGCUUGGCUCGCGCAAGAUUUGAUUUGCAUUCUCAGCAGUCGCAAUAAGCUGCUGAUUUACACGCCAUCCGGAGAGCUUGUAGAACGGAUUCCGACUGGCGAGCCGCCCGUGCCACGUGAGUUUGUGCGAGGAGUGACGGGUAACGAUGCUGGAUCUGAGCGCGUUCAGAACUGGCAUGGAUCCGUUACGAUGCACGGUGUUUAUAUUGCCAUUCUUUCACCGUCCCGACUGCGUCAAGGCAAAUUCUUGGGAUGGCUCGAGCGCGUGCGCGCCAAAAAGCUCGAUGAAGAUUGGAUCGGCGCAUUUGAUACGUUGCUACAAGCUUAUGCAGAAGAGUUACCCUUGUGGCCGGCUCUUUCGAAGAAGUAUGCAGAUGUCGAAACGACGAGAAUGCGCGUGGUGGAAGCCUUCAUCAGCGAAAUCCCAUCAUUUCUUGAUGCGUAUUCACGCGUCGAUGAAAAUGAGGAGCCAGAAUAUUUGGCAAAUCUGACACGCGCAAUAUUUGCGCUAUUACUCGUUUUUGACGCGCUGGAUAAAGUGUAUGCACCCGCAGUCUUCGAUGCCUUCCUCAACUCGAAGUGUAGAGCUAAUUUUCUAGAGGGCAUGGUGCCUCACAUUCUAACGGACAAGCUGCGCUCACUUCCUGCCGAGGUAAUGCAAGCGCUCGUGGAGCACUAUGCCUCGCUCGGGGAGGCGGACACGAUUGAGAAGUGUGUCUUACACAUGGAUGUCACAUCGCUUGACCUGAACCAAAUCGCUCGACUGUGCAAGCACCAUGGCAUGUUUAGCGCACUUGCUCACGUGUUCACGCGGGCGCUGAAUGAUUUCGUCACACCUAUUGAGGCGAUGUUUCAAGCAUCUCUUGUGCCGGCAUUUGGAGACAAAGUGCGCGUUCGACAACUUCUGCUAUUCAUUCACAAGACUAUCCGAGGCGAGCGAUUCCCAAUCGUUGGCGACGAGUUGUCCAGUGACGUCGUCGCACGAUUUCGGUUUGAAGUCAUGAAGUUUCUGCUUGAGCCUGUUGACGUGUCUACAUUCACCUCUUCUGAAUCGACGAAGGAGUCCAUAGCGGUCAACACGUGGAUGACUGCGAUGCAACUCAUAGAGAGAGAGAGCGCUUCUACGCAACCACCGCCUCUGCGUCUCCUAUAUCUUUUCCUCAUCGAGCCCAAGGCUACCACCGACGUGAUGGCGGAGUUUUUGAAGAACUGGGACGCAAGUGAAAUCGAGAUCAUGGGCGUUGACCGUCAGGAGUGUGAUCGCAUGGCAUCACAGAUCGUUGCCGAAGUUGCGGUUCUCACUGCAAAUGCGUUCGGUUCAGGCGGUCACACGUCCAGUCGAUCACAACUCCUAACUUUCACCGCUAGCUUGGUCGGCAGUGGCCGCGCCGCCGUCUCGCAAGAGAUUGAGCGUGAGCUUCUCGAAGAGCUGGCCUUGACUUCGACGAAGCGCGACGCACAAAAGAGAGAGGAUGCGAUGGUGUUGAUCAUAUCGCGUCGCAUUGAAGAAGACAUCGUGUUGAGCGAUGAGAGCAGAAUGCUUGAACUUGCGCGAGGUGCACAUUUCGCCCAAGCCGAGGCCGUGAUACACAUAUCGUCAGGGGAUCACAUCAGUGCGCUGAAGACUCUGGCUGGAGACGCCCAUAGACCGAACGCGGCGGUGCACUACGUGGAUGUACUUCUCGGAACAGCCACUGCAGGGAAAGUCAUGGCAGAGCAAGUGAACGCCGGUCCAGCGGUGGCGCGAGCUCAUGCUUUGGAUGCUGAGAUGGCGAAAUCGUUUUAUGAAGAAAUUCUCGCAAUCAUGCCUGCACUGGCGGGUACGUCGGCAGAUGUUUGCGCUCGCAUAGCGAUCGCGCACUUCCCGCUCGCACAGGACGAAGUCUUACGAGCGCUCUCCUCCGAACCGGUGUUGCAGUUUCAGUACCUCCGUCAAGUUCUCGAGACUGUUCAUGGAGGCGGUGUCAUGAGUGAAGGGCAGAAUAUGAGCCUAGCGGAGUUGGUGUCGUCGACGAAAUCCAUCGUCACGGCGGAAAUGAGUGAGCUUUACCUCCGUUUGAUGUGCCAAUUUGAGCCGCAAGAUGUGUUGAAGUACUUGCAGAGCGAAAGCGGGAAGUCUCUGGACCAGGCUCAAUGCUUGGAGCACUGUCGAGAAUUCAACGUCAUGGACGCCCUGGCCUACCUCCUAGAGGCGCUCGGUAAACACGACGAAGCUCUGUCCAUUCAUUUGUCUAGCUAUUCGACCGGUGUGCGAGCCAUGAUACAGCUCUCAACGACGGGUGGCGCAGAAUGGGCGAGGACCGCGCCUGCAGAGAGCCUCAUGAAAGGUCUCAUCAUCGAAGCGAGCGAAAGCUUGCGGGUUGCCAUCGCUUUGUGUCGAAGAGUAUCCAGCGGCGUUCAAAACGGUGAGGAGAUGUGGUGGUCAUGUCUCGAUAGUAUUGUUCGGUCGCUUUUGGCGUUGGGUGACGGUGACUACGUGCGCGUACGAGACAUGUUGGACGAGCAACUGGACGAGGUUUUGCGAGUGAUGCUCGGACGAGUCGAUAACGGGCAUUUGUUGGAGAUGAUCGUCGCUCGUUACGGCAAUGAAGAUAUAUCGGAGCUUCGGAAAUUACUCUCGCGAGUCUUCGGUAACUGCGCGUCUGAGAGAGACUUCUUGAAAGCGGAGGGCACGGUGGUACAGGAAGAGGCGGAUAGGAAGGUUCUAAAGAACGAGACGAUUCGUCGCCGAGCGCAACGUGGGACGCGACGAACUGUGACAUAUUAG